AAGUGUGUAGAAAGCUGCGUAAAUAAAAAUCAUUUUCAAGUGAAAAGAGUGAAAUUUUGAAAAGUAAAGUGCCGGGAAACUAUAGCAGAGGAUCCUGCCCUGAAUGGUGGUGAAAACAGCACGAAACCAGCAUCCGGAGGACGCGAAAAAGAGAAGUUUUCCCAGGUGGUCAACACCCGGAUAGCGUGCAAACCCGAGACGAGACACAGUAGUCCAGAAAAGAGAGAACGAAAUCCAAAAAUAAAGAGACAGACGAGAAAGAAUACCAGGUGACGAUAGGAUGCGCUCCCCGCACUCCGGCUCCGAUGAGAAACGCCAGCUUUCUCAUGUCUGCUGCAGCCGUUCUGGAGACGCCUACACUGCUGAAGAAACCGGCCUCCGAUGCCACAGAUUUCGGUAAGGAAAACGCAGUUAGCUGCAGCGCUUCCGCUUCCGUCUUACAGCCACCAUCAGCUGCUUCCGCUGCGGCGAUGCAGUUUCUGAUGUUCAACCAACAGAUGCAGCAGUCAACAGCGGCAUUCAGUGGCGGAAGAUCUCUGUUCCAACGAAGUAUGGUUGAGAAAUCCGGAAUGCAAUCCAACUCUCCUGGCUUUAACUUUGCUGUUCCGAGUAUUCCGGAUAGUACUACUACCGUAGCCACCACGCACAUCAUCGAAAACCUACAAGUUUCAAGCAGCAAUACGUCGCUUAAAAGAAGGUCGGAAGACAAUCAUAGGGCGGCUGUGAAGAUACCCCCAAAACGCGUGCAAUUCGAACCACUGCCGUUGAAACCCAGAAAUCAAGGAAACGGAAACAAGUGGAAUUCCAAAGCGGUAGCGGCUAUAAAGGCACCGCCACCAAAGACCUCACCAUCCAAAGAUACAACGAAACCGGAUGCCAAGAAGCUGCGCAUUCUCACCGGAUCGGUGGAACAUAUUAUGAAGCUAACGAAAUGCAACCCGGAAGGAUCUCCACUGGUGGAAGUGUUCGCCAAUGUGCUGAGCGUGAAGAUCGGGGCGUACGAGUGCGAGAAGAUAUUGUUGCUGCGUAAUCGAACCGGGCCGGUCAUGCAGGGGGUGUUCUACGAGAUCGACUUCCGCAUGCCGGCAGUGAAUGUUGGUGAUUUCGUGCGCUGUGUGGGGAGGCUGACCGGCGGCAGUCGGCUGCAAAUUUUGAAAAUAACGCUGGCUAGCGCGGAAGAGGAACGGAUGAGUCAUCGUUUGCAGACGGUAAGUGGCUUUGCGGUGGCGGUGAGACGUUAGAAAGAUCACCUACAAGUUGAACCAGAUUAAUUACUGGUUAUAAAUGAUUGUAGAUAGAAUUAUUCAUUAAAUUUCAUAUAAUUGUGGUUUUGCUGAAUAUUAAUAGAAUAACACAUUUUCUAUAUUAAUGGAAAUGUAGUAACAUAAUUCUUUAUUUUUCCGACUAAGGGAGAGUUUUGUGUUUAAUUAUUUAUCGCUGCUUGUAGUCAAUAAGGUGUGAAUUCGCGUGGAAUUUAUUUAAUUCACAUUUGAUCGUGUAAAACGUAACUCUAAAAUUUUCAAAUUUAUAAAUAAAUUUGUUCUUUUAUUUUUCACCUUUUUAAGAAA